GACCAAUCUAUCUUCUCUUUCCAUCUCAUUAUCUUGACUUCCUCUUUCCCCCCAUUCUCCACCAUACAAUAUCUCAGUAAUCGAUUCGAUCGCUACAACCAGCCAUCUAUGGACUAGAUGAUCACGACCCAAAGACAAGCAUAGGCAUUCGCCAUUGCCUAGAGUUCACUACCAGCAGAGAUGUCCGGAUCUUCGAGUAUUGGCAGCGGCUACUCUGCCAACAGCGCCUAUGGCAUGAAUAUGAGCAUGGCGAACAGCUCUGCAGGAGUCCUACAGGCAUCGAGCAGCAACUCGACUUAUGCAGUGAUCAACCAGCUCAAGUUUUUGGCCGCGAAAUCAAUACGAUCGUCCGCAAUCAUCCUCGCUGUGUUCAACACAAUCGCAGCUUUCGCCACAGCGAUGGGUAUCCUAUAUGAUUGUUACCAGAGAGCCAAGAGGAACAGCCCAAGAGGUCAGAAAGUGUCUCUACUUACUUGUGUCAAGGGUGCAGAGACAUAUCCAUUCUUCUUGUCAUUGGCCAUCGUGAUUCAAGGCAUAAUCUUCGCAGUAUCUCAGUCAAGAGGACUAGACGGGCUCUUCGCUAAGGGAUGCGCUCUGAUCUCGCAGUUCAUGCUGCCAGCGGUCUUCAUCGUACCGUUCCUCCAACUCAUAUUCGGCAUCGAGCUUACUCUUCGUGGCUUUCGAAGGAUACCGUUUCCCAGCAGGGGACAUUGGACCGUGGCCAUCUGUUUAGCUGUGUGGUCAACGCUCCUCGUAAUUACUGGUCUGGUCACCUUUUUUAUCCCAUCCGCGGAUUUCUGCUUUGCAUCUCUGUUUUGGUUCGUUGCGAAGUGGGCAGAAGGCGGUUUUGCACUGUUCACAGUCAUUUCUGUUGUCCUUGUAGGAUGUGUCAUCACGGUUUUCUUGAAGUUAACCAGGCAUUCCACUAUCGAGACAAGCACUAGAGUUGAAGCUUCGCGAAUGGUCUACUUCCUUUCCGUAGCCAUUGUUUCUAACGUGUUCUUGGUGCCAUUUUUUGCCUAUCUCACCUUUAGCAAUCCGAAUGAUAACGACGGAAACAAUGGCCUUACACUGUCCAUGAUUGCCCAAGUAGUGGCAAAUGUAUCUGGGCUAAUGAACGGUGGCCUUCACCUUUGCUUCAGAGCUAAUAUCAUAUCUACUAUUGCGCCUAAAGACAAGCUUGCCGAAUAUGAAAGACAACAAUUAAAACACAAAAUUCGGAAGGCAGACCCAGGAUACGACUUUUCCAGUAUCGCGCUACAACCAGUCAGCUCCCCAAAGACCUUGCAAAGGGUAGACAGCGAAGAGACCCUGGUAAAACGAUACGAAAAGGACGAAGAAGCAUUGAUCGAGUCUCCUUCCACAAAAGCAUAUGAAUACAGCCCGACGCCUUUGAGAUCGAAUGGCGUAUUUCCAACUAUUUCAAUACCACGUGCACCGGAACCUGCUGAGUUACCAAAUGCCACUCCCUCAAUAAGCUUUCCUAAGCGACGACCUUCCACGUCGUACUCGUUGUUUCCCAACCAAAACAUCGCCAACACCCAAUCGAUUACAAUACUGCCACCCACAACUUACUCGCCUGUUGAGAACAACAAUAACAGUCUGUUUGAUGAUUUCAACAGUCUGAAGCCGCCGCCUUCCAUCAAGAGUCGCCACCUGCGAAACUCGUCCCUUGUUUCGUCGGCUACGGUCCAGAUCGGCCUCCGCUUCUCCAACGUCGCGGACAUGCCGCCAAUGGCAGCCUCGAACGUAAAAAAUGCCGAGAGAGUGCAUAAUCUGGACUGCCCAAAGGCUAUUCGGCCAACUCCGAUGGCAUCGUUCUCGCCAGCAAGUGAGCCCGUCUCGCCUUUCGAGCCCUCCAGCCCCAUCAGCCAAGUCAGCUCACGGGAUCCUGUCAAGAAUGCAAGGAUGAAGACCUUGCCACCAGUCCCACGCCAAGUCACUCUUAUGCAGGAAACACCAUUGGCACCGGAGGACGAAGAGGGAUCCCUCACCUUGAGCUCUGCAGUAUACAGACCGGAGAGCCCCACCAAGAAGGUGCCCAGUCCCAAGGGAGUUGGAUUUCAGUUUCCACCCCCCAAGCGGGUGAACACCACCCCUGUUCAAAACUCGUCAAGAACCGCCCCUCCUCGGAGUCGUGGCAACUCCGAUGCUGCACAGAGCAGAGGUGACUGGAUCUAAAAGAGUGUUUGCUGUCAUU